AUGAAUCCCUACAAUCCUCUGAUAGCUCGAAGGCGCCAAAUUCCAGGGUUUGGACGUGCGAUCAUCUACAAUCCCACUAAUGCACUCCGGGGAAGAGCCACUCAAGUCACUCCAGAAGCUCCACGAGCUCAACCAACUCAAAAAGUCGAUCCUCCUGCACCACAAGCUAUGAAAGUCAGCCCCCGAGCACAAUCUCAAACCGUCCAUCCCCAAGCUCCAACUAGACGCCAACCCUUCCAAGGGAAUACUAUCAUCAUCAUCAGGGAGGACGCUCCUAAACCCCGUGGUGCCCCCUCCUCUGCUCAGGCUCAAGGCACAGUCGGAUCAGUCCCAGCUUCAAGCGCAAUUAAUUCCCCUACCUCUGUGUAUGGCCAUGCCUCUUCCCAAACCUCUUUUGACCCUUACUCUGCCCCUCUCCCCACUGACGCCUUUCCUGCCGCUGACCUACACUUUGCUGAUCCUUUCUCUGCCCCUUUCCCAGCUGACCCUUUCUUUGAUCUCUCCAUGGACUCCGCAGACCCUUUCUCCUACUCAAGGUAUGCAGAUCCUUUCGCUGUCCCCACAUCUGAGCCCAACCCUGCUCCAGCAGCCCAAACAGGAGUCUCCCCACAGGUACACACCCCAGAACCAAACUCUCACGCAGAUGCUGCUCCUGGCCCCUUCUAUGGUGGUUCCCAACAUGGAUACGACGCCUUUGACAACAUGAUUAGACUGCAAAUGCUGGCUGAAAUGGACCUUCCCAACUACGGCGAACCUCACAGCGUGAAUCGUCCGGCUCAAACCCAUGGAACACCUGCCAGCCAGGGAACAGCUCAGCCCCCAACUCCCAAGUCCCCUACCCAAGCUCCUUCCUCUCAGAUGAGUGCCCAAGACAAGUUUGAUCAACUAUACUCCCAGCACCUCGCUGAGGCACUAGACCUUCCUAUCCUACCAGGACAACAGAUGUCUGGUGCUACCAACAAUGCCAAUGCAUCCCCCGCUGACAUCCCCAAACCAUUUACAUCACAAGCAGCAGUAGCACUGGCAGCGGAAUCAGCACCACAGUCAGCAGCUGAACUGACAGCAUUCCCAGCAGCCUCACCAGUGGACAAAGCAGCUGCAACACCUGCUGGAGGCUCCAGUGGUUACCACCCCUAUGAUCUCUACUCUCUUCAUCUCCGAGAGGCUCUUGACCUACCCCCUAUGCACCCUAUGACCCACGCUUGA